CAGGAUGGGGAUGGGGAUGGUGAAGGUGAUGGAGAUGGAAAUAGUAUAGGUGAUGAGGAUGGGAAUGGAGAUGGGGAUGGUGAUGAGGAUGGUGAAGGUCAUAGAGAUGGAGAUGAAGAUGGUGAUGAGGAUGGGGACGGUGAUGGGGAUGGUGAAGGUGAUUGCGAUUGUGAUGGGGAUGGAGAUGGAGAUGGUGACGGUGAAGGAGAUAAAGAUCAAGAAGGUCAAGGUGAUAUAAAUGGUGGCUGACAUGAGGAUGGCGAUGACAAUGAUGAUGGCAAUGAUGAUGAUGAUGAUGAUAAUGACGAUGACGAUGAUGAUGAUGAUGAUGAUGACGAUGACGAUGACGAUGGCGAUGACGAUAAUGAUGAUGAUGAAGGAGAUGGAGAUGGGGAUGAUGAUGGGAAUGGGGAUGGUAACGAGGAUGGUGAAGGUAAUGGAAUGGUGAUGCGGAUGGUGAUGGUGAUGGUGAAGGUGAAAGUGUUGGGGAUGGGGAUGGAGAUGGAGAUGGAGAUGGUG